AUGAGACCGAAUUUAGGAGCCCUACCUCGCGCGGCGCGCCUUCGCGUCCCAGUUGCUUCCCCAAUUCGACAGCCACUAUGCGGCGUUCGUAACUAUGUACGCACGGCCGAGACCCUGCAAAAGAGCACAUUACAAUCCAAUGUCGGUCGACCUGAGCCAAGGAUCACGGCUAGCGGAGGCGUUGUCGGGCAAACAAGAUGGAUCACACAGCAGCACAUACGGAGGACGAAAGAGGCGGAGAAGGAGUGGGCUGAGUUCGCGGAAGAGAUCAAAGCUGGAAAGCGGAAGAACUUUGCACAGCAUCUCGAGGAAAGAGGGCUGUUGCAUGAUGUUGUCGGUGAACGGGAGCUUUUACAUAGAGUGUUCACAGAGAAGAGGGCAGGGAUGUAUGCUGGAGUAGACCCUACUGCUCCUUCUUUACACGUCGGCCACAUGUUGCCGUUCAUGGUCUUGGCCUGGGGUUACGUAUGGGGUUUGCCGGUGACAUGGGUGCUUGGUGGUGCCACAUCCCGCGUCGGUGACCCAACAGGACGACUGAAAGGAAGAGAACAAGUCCACAGCUCGGUGCGAAAAGCGAACAUGGCUAGCAUGCACAUGCAGUUGAAGAAGCUAGGCGCAAGCAUUGAACAAUACGGCAAGAGACAUGGGUACGAGAAGAAAUGGGCAUGGAAGCGUUCUUUGGUCAAUAACAACACAUGGUGGAACAAGGUGCCAUUCAUUGAAGUUCUUCGGGACCUUGGGGCUCACAUGCGACUUGGCCCGAUGUUAGGCAGAGAGACUGUCAAGAACCGGCUGUCGAAAGGUGAUGGCAUGUCAUUCUCAGAGUUCUCUUAUCCUUUGUUGCAGGCAUGGGACUGGUGGGUUCUCUUCAAGAACGGUGUUCAAGUCCAAGUGGGAGGCACCGAUCAGUAUGGAAACAUUCUGUUUGGUAUGGACUCCGUGAAGGCCAUUAGCAAGAACACGGCCAUGGAGCAGGAAAGAGACCCUCUGGAAAACGAUAUAGACAACCCUAUUGGGCUUACGACGCCACUGCUAACGGCACCCAAUGGUGAAAAGUUUGGAAAGUCUGCCGGCAACGCUAUUUGGCUUGACAAGGAUAUGACCUCCACCUUCGAGCUGUAUCAGUUUUUUGUUCGGACUCCGGAUGAUGUUGUCGAGCGCUAUCUUAAAAUGUUUACUUUCCUUCCUCUGCCUGAGAUUGCCAAGCUCAUGGAAGAGCAAAACAACGACCCGUCCAAACGGGUUGCUCAGCACGCGCUCGCUGCAGAGUUCGUGGAGCUUAUUCACGGCAAACAAGAGGCGGACGCAGUUGCUCUCCAACACCGUCAAUUAUUCCGCUCACGGUCGUCAACAGCUGAACCUACUCCCCUGCAGAAAAAGUCCAGUCCACCUGCCAGCCAUGCCCAAUCGCCAACAUCGGGUUUCAUAAACCCCCAGUCAGGGAACCAGUAUGCCCCUCAAACUAAUUUCGCAAACAUGCCUAGUAUCCAGGUUACCCUCCCCGAGUCUCUAGUCUAUGGCCAAAACUUCCACAAGAUCCUGUGGUCUGCGGGCCUGGUUGCUUCUAAAGGUGAAGGACAUCGCAUUGUUACGAACAAAGGGGCUUAUGUGGGGAGCCGCCCGGGAAACUCUGGCCCAAUGUCGGACGACCUGGCCUUUACACCCAUUUUAACAUGGCCAGCGGAGAAGACCAAAGACUUCAUUGUUGAUGGUAAUAUUCUAUUCCUCAAGUUGGGUAAGUGGAAGUUCAAGACGGUGAAGAUCGUUAGCGAUGAGGAGUUCAAACGGCUCGGACUCACUGCCCCUGGUUGGGAAUCGGACGAAAGCACUCCUCAGCCCGCUGCGGAUAACUGA